AAUGCCGGCGCAUAACAAUGUGCCGUCAGCUGCUGGUUAGUUUUGGCAUAAUUUUUCAUUGCCGUAAUUAACUAGCAGAAACCAGUGGCCAUUAAAAUAAAUUUUAAGGUUUUCAGACAGUGCUGCUUCAAGUCAGCAAAAAAGCGUAAUUAUUCUAGCUCUAUUCUACCAUACGUUUACGAUGGCGCAAAAUGCACUACGACGAUUUCGACCUUUGCAAAAACACACCCGACGAAAAACAAUCAGCCUGAACUGGAACGGAACUUCCUGUAUUUAUGGCACCGCACAACAGACGCCAACUACUUCGAUUGCUGAUUUAAUUCCUAUCAUGACCAGAAAUACAACGGCGGGUAGCAGGAGAAAUAACCCCAACCUAAUUCGUUCAACGGAAUUAAGGGAAAAACGGCGGAAAGUGCAGAAAACUCUAAAUAUUGAUACUAUCAAUCAGGAUAUUCGUAAAAUGGAAUAUGCUGUUAAAGGUCCGCUAGUUGUACGUGCCGGAGAAAUCGAAAAAGAAAUAAGUGCGGGUAUUGCAAAGCCUUUUGAAACUGUAAUACGAGCAAAUAUUGGCGACUGCCAUGCCAUGGGACAACCAAAGGUCACAUAUCCCCGACAGGUUAUGGCCUUAUGCACACACGAGUUAUUAUUCGAUGAUCCUACGAUCCCUGACGAUGCCAAAGACCAUGCCCGCCGGAUACUUGCCAGUUGUCAAGGCCAGAGUUUGGGUUCAUAUACGGAAAGUGCUGGCUUGAAAAUCGUUCGUGAGGAUAUUGCAGCAUUUAUUUCCCGGCGCGAUGGAUUUUCCUGUGAUCCCGAUAAUAUUAUUUUAACAGCCGGAGCUGGAGAGGGCAUUAAGAAUACUCUAGAACUUCUAAAGAACACUACCGGAAAACGAGCUGGAGCAAUGAUACCUAUCCCGCAGUAUCCACUGUACACGGCGAGCAUCUCUCAAUAUGGCCUCUAUCCGAUUAAUUACUAUAUGGAUGAGGAUAACGAUUGGGCUUUGGACAUUCAGGAACUGCGCAGAGCCGUCGAUGCGGCUCGAGCAAAUUGCGACCCUAAAGCCAUCUGUGUGAUAAAUCCCGGCAAUCCAACUGGUCAAGUGAUGACGCGACAGAACAUCGAAGAUACAAUUAAAUUUGCGUACGAAGAACAGCUGUGCAUACUGGCCGACGAGGUAUACCAAGGAAAUAUCCACUCAAAAGAUCAUACGUUCCAUUCCUUCCGUAAAGUUCUGUACGAACUGGGAUUACCAUACAGUGAUCAAGUGGAGCUAAUAUCCUUUCACUCGGUGUCCAAAGGGUACAUGGGCGAAUGUGGACUGCGAGCCGGAUAUCUGGAAGCGGUCAAUAUAGACCCGGCUGUAUUCCAACAACUGAUGAAGACCUUCUUGUUUUGCAGCAACACUCCGGGCCAAGUUAGCUUGGAUUGUUUGGUUCGGCCUCCGCAGCCGGGAAAUCCGUCGUUUUCGCUGUUUCAACAACAGACCGACGAAAUAGCAACAUCACUAGCGGAGCGAGCAACGCUAGUCAGUGAUCUGUUAAACACCAUUCCUGGAAUGCAGUGCAAUCCCGUUUAUGGGUCAAUGUUUGCGUUUCCUCGUCUACGCUUACCAGAAACUUUCUUAAACAAAUCUAAGGCAGCUAAUCAGCCCGCGGAUUUUCGUUACGCCAUGCAGUUAUUAGAAAAUACCGGUAUCUGCGUUGUCCCGGGAUCCGGAUUUGGCCAGAAACCCGGCUCGUACCACUUUCGAACAACUAUUCUGCCGCCCAAAGAAAUUCUUAUCGAGAUGCUUGGCCGGUUGAAAGACUUCCAUCACAAGUUUCUAGAAAGAGAAUCAUGAGCGCAUAUUCGCAAAGCACUGGGCAAAGUGGAUCUCUUAAAAAGCUAAUUUAUUUUUAUCUUGAUCUUUUGAUGAUCGAACUGGAAAUCGUUGAGGCGGUUAUAACACAGUCAAUGGUUUAUGACAUUAUUUAAGAAGUGUCUGGGAGUGCGCGAAAGCGAAAGUUUUCGUGCAUGCACACGCA